CCCCGCUGGCUGCCCCUGAACGGCUCCGCCGGCGCGGAGGGCAGCGCUGGGGGCCGCGGGAACGCCACGGGGCGCCGCGCCCGCCUCCGCAACCCCUUCUACCCGCUGACCGAGGAGUCGUACGGCGCCUACGCCGUGAUGUGCCUCUCCGUGGUGAUCUUCGGCAUCGGCAUCAUGGGCAACAUGGCAGUGAUGUGCAUCGUCUGCCACAACUACUACAUGCGGAGCAUCUCCAACUCCCUGCUGGCCAACCUGGCCUUCUGGGACUUCCUCAUCGUCUUCUUCUGCCUGCCGCUGGUCAUCUUCCAGGAGCUCACCAAGAAGUGGCUCCUCGAAGACUUCUCCUGCAAAAUCGUCCCGUACAUCGAGGUGGCCUCUCUGGGAGUCACCACGUUCACCCUCUGCGCCCUCUGCAUCGACCGGUUCCGUGCUGCCACCAACGUGCAGAUGUAUUACGAGAUGAUCGAGAACUGCACCUCCACCACGGCCAAGCUGGCCGUCAUCUGGGUGGGCGCCCUGCUGCUGGCCCUGCCGGAGGUCGUGCUGCGCCAGCUGACCAAGGAGGACCCCGAAUACAGCGGCAGCCCACCGGGGGAGCGGUGCGUGGUGAAGAUAUCCACCGCGCUCCCCGACACCAUCUACGUGUUAGCUCUCACUUACGAUGGGGCAAGACUCUGGUGGUACUUUGGCUGCUAUUUUUGUUUGCCUACCCUGUUCACUAUUACCUGCUCCCUGGUAACAGCCAGGAAAAUCAGGAGGGCAGAAAAGGCUUGCACAAGAGGGAACAAGCGACAGAUUCAGCUGGAAAGUCAGAUGAACUGCACAGUGGUGGCUCUGACCAUUUUAUAUGGGUUUUGCAUCAUUCCCGAAAAUAUUUGCAACAUCGUGACUGCCUACAUGUCCACAGGGGUCUCCCGGCAGACUAUGGACCUCCUCCAUCUCAUUAGUCAGUUCCUUUUGUUCUUUAAGUCCUGUGUUACCCCAGUUCUCCUUUUCUGUCUCUGUAAACCUUUCAGCCGGGCCUUUAUGGAGUGUUGCUGUUGCUGCUGUGAUGAAUGCAUCCAGAAAUCUUCAACAGUGACGAGUGAUGACAAUGACAAUGAGUACACCACAGAACUGGAGCUCUCCCCUUUCAGUACCAUCCGUCGCGAAAUGUCCACUUUUGCCUCCGUGGGGACUCACUGUUAAUUGACCUUCAGCCUUUAUUUCCUGUAUCUUUUUCUUUUUUCUUUUUUCUUUUUUUUCUUUUUACUUCACACUUUUCUUCUUGAAGCAAAGUGCAAGAAAAAAAAAAGGUUAUUAUUGAAACUACUCUGGAAACCAAUCUGCAUAUUAACAGUCGUGCUUUGGAAAAUAAUUUGUUUGGUUAUUCAAAUGAAAGAAAGAGAGAGAGAAGGAGAGCCAGCACUCAGUUUUAUAUCACUAUAUUUUGUAUGGUGCUAGGAUUUCAUUGGCUGGGGAGGAGAAUACAUAUCAAAUCCACUUUUAUUUAAUUCCAUAGUUUGGGUGGGGGUUUUUUGUAAUCACUGUAAAAUGAUUAUAUAGACAUUGUGGGUUUUGCAAGAUGUUUCAUGUAAAAGAUGUGGUGGAAAGUAUUUGAAGGUAGUUUUAAUCCAAUUACUGUACACUAUUGUGAGAGGACUUGGACUUCAGAAGAUUUAUAAAGUAGCAUUUAAAUAAAUGAGGUUUUAUUAUUUAACUUCAUUGUCAAUUGGCAUUUAACAAGGA